GUCGCCGCGCAGAGCCGGAGCCCCGGCCGAGAGGAGGGAGGAGGAGGCGGAGGAGGCGGCGGAGGAGGCGCCGGACCGGGGAGGGAUUGUCAGUAUUUAAACAGACCACACCAUGCGUGAGUACAAGCUAGUGGUCCUUGGUUCAGGAGGCGUGGGAAAGUCUGCUCUGACAGUUCAAUUUGUUCAGGGAAUUUUUGUUGAAAAAUAUGACCCGACGAUAGAAGAUUCCUAUAGAAAGCAAGUUGAAGUAGAUUGCCAGCAGUGUAUGCUCGAAAUCCUGGACACAGCAGGAACAGAACAAUUUACGGCAAUGAGGGAUUUGUAUAUGAAGAAUGGCCAGGGGUUUGCACUAGUGUAUUCUAUCACAGCUCAGUCCACAUUCAAUGACUUACAAGACCUGAGGGAACAGAUUUUACGGGUUAAAGACACAGAAGAUGUUCCAAUGAUUUUGGUUGGCAAUAAAUGUGACCUGGAAGAUGAACGAGUAGUUGGCAAGGAACAGGGACAGAAUUUAGCAAGACAGUGGUGUAACUGUGCCUUUUUAGAAUCUUCAGCAAAGUCAAAGAUCAACGUUAAUGAGAUAUUUUAUGACCUGGUCAGACAAAUAAAUAGGAAAACACCAGUGGAAAAGAAGAAGCCUAAAAAGAAAUCAUGUCUGCUGCUCUAGACCCAUGAUCUGCAGCAGCUCUGAGCCAGAUUACAGGAAUGAAGAACUGUUGCCUACUUGGAAAGUGCCAGCAUUCCAGUCUUCAAAAAAUAAACCUGAAGAGGCUUCUCCUGUUUUAUAUAUUAUGUGAAGAAUUUAGAUCUUAUAUUGGUUUGCACAAGUUCCCUGGAAAAAAAUUUCUCUGUGUAUAUCUCUUGGAAAAUAAGACAAUAGUAUUUCUUUGCAAUAGCAGUUAUAACAGAUGUGAAAAUAAGUAUACUUGACUCUGAUAUGAUUAUACAAAUGAGCAUGGAUGCAUUUCAAAUGUUAGAUAUUGCUACUAUAAUCAAAUGAUUUCAUAUUGCCCUCUGAUCAUGAUUUCCCCAUCAAGCACUAAAAAGUCAAACAUUACACUUUAUAUCUGUAAUGAUAUAGAUGUUGAGAUUUUUCCCUCAGACUCACUGCAGCAGAUAACUUUUUUGAGUCAUUGACUUCAUUUUAUAUUUAAAAAUUAUGAAAUAUCAUCUGUCAUUAUAUUCUAAUUAAAAUUGUGCAUAAUGCUUUGGAAAAAAAUGGGUCUUUUAUAGGAAAAAACUGGGAUAACUGAUUUCUAUGGCUUUCAAAGCUAAAAUAUAUAAUAUACUAAACCAACUCUAAUAUUGCUUCUUGUGUUUUACUGUCAGAUUAAAUUACAGCUUUUAUGGAUGAUUAAAUUUUAGUACAUUUUCAUUUGGUUUGUGUGUUUUUGUUAUUGUUUAGAUUUAAAGUUUUAUUUUAUGACAACCACAUUGUUUUAAAUGCGACAGUAGCUCCUUUCUGCCCAGUGUCUGCGGAACACUUGACGCUACUGACUGGUGAUUCUCUAGGAGUAGACUUCGCUCUCUGUUCCAGAUAUAUUUAUUCCUACAAUACAGUAGAAUACAUCAAACCACAUAGAAUAGUUUUGUAUAUCCUCUCCUGAUCUUAAAGACUGUAUCUUAUUGAAGAAAAUAUCCCACUGUGUAUUAUUUUUAUAUGUAAAAAAGAAAAGUUUAAUACUGUAUCGAGGUUUAACUUUUACUGUUUCAGAUCUUCCACAACUUGUAAUCUCAGCAAGGGAAUCCAUUUUCCAUUGUUAAUGUGUUGGGUGUGAGUCCAUCAAUGAAGUGUUUCAUGUGAAAAUGUUCAAACCUGCUUUAUAAUAGACUGAAGAAUCUGAAAGGGGAGAAAGAUAGAGCACAUAAAAGGGAUGUGUCAAGUUCUUUCUGCUUUGACUAAAUAUGGGAAGAGAUUGCCAAGUUAAACUUGUAGCUUGUAGUGGUGCUUUUCUUUUUCUUCCCAGUUAUUUCCAUAUUUACAAAAGAUAAGUAGGACAUGGACCCAGUGUUACUUGUGUGUGUAGAGCAAACAGCUUGUUAGCCAGCCAGGUGUGCAGAAGGAGAAAGAACAAGCCUAGGAAACCCUGUGCCUUGUCCCCGAGUGUUCAGGAGGAGACGGGUCCUGGAAAAUCUAAAUCACUGCUCAGGGAUUCAGACACUGUCUCGUUGCAACCAGGUGUGAAGAAGUGUUCACGCCUUGCUGAGAUUGUCCAGGAGUGUGGUCAGCCGGCUGCUCAGUUACUGAAUCAGUUUAAAAUUCAGCUCUCAAAUGUAAGCUCUGACCAACCUGAGAAAUGUUACAAUGUUUUUAAAAGUGGAAAUUGUAUUAUUUUGAGUUUCUAAUAAACGUAAUUACCUAACA